GCUGAUUAUUCAGUGACCAGCAAUUGCUCUUUCUAUAGUUUGGCGAAAGCUCCAGAUUGUGGCAUGGCUAAGUACAGCACGUUGUCCCUCAUCCUCCUCACCCUCUCCCUGCUGCCCCCGUCCUCUGCUCGCCCCAAACUCUUGCUCUUUCUGAUCGAUGGCUUUCGCUUCGACUACAUCAGUGAUGGAGAACUUCAGCAUCUUCCCGGCUUCAGGCACAUGGUGGAACGUGGAGUAAAAGUAGAUUACAUGACCCCAGCCUUCCCAAGUCUUUCCUACCCCAAUUAUUACACUCUGAUGACCGGGCGCCACUGUGAAACACAUCACAUGACUGGAAAUUUUAUGUGGGACCCUAAAAAGAACAUCUCGUUUGACAUUGGAGCUAAUGAAGACAGUCGACUGCCACAAUGGUGGGAUGGAGCCGAACCUCUUUGGGUCACCAUGGAAAAGGCAAAAAGGAAAGUCUCCAUGUAUUAUUGGCCUGGUUGUGAAGUGGAAAUUCGUGCCAUUAAACCAAAUUACUGCCGGGAAUAUUUCUAUUAUCCGUCAGAAGCCGAAUUUGGCAAAUCAGUGACGGAUGCUCUUCAGUCUCUAACGAGGGGAAAUGCUGAAAUGGCUGCGGUUUACUAUGAACGUAUUGACGUGGAAGGUCACCAUCACGGGCCCUGGUCAGAAGAAAGAAAGAACGUCACCAGAGAACUGGACCAAAUCUUAUGGCACCUGCACCAGCAAAUUAGGGAGAUGGGACUGGAGAGCGAGUUAAAUGUCAUUUUGUUCUCUGAUCAUGGGAUGACCGAUGUUUUCUGGAUGGACAAAGUGAUCGAGCUUAAGAAUUACAUAGACAUGCAGGACAUAAUACAGAUGAAGGACAGGGGCCCGGUGGUCAGCUUGUGGCCUGCGGAGGGGAAAUUAUCCAAAGUGUACGAGGAGCUACGAGCUGUGCAGCACAUGAACGUUUACCAGAAGGAGGACAUUCCAGAAAGAUUCCAUUACAAGAAAGGCACAUUUGUGUCUCCUCUGACUCUUGUUGCAGAACUGGGAUGGUUCAUAAUUGAGAGGAAAGAAAAGCUUCCAUUUUGGAACAACGGCACGAGUAUCAAUAUUGCCUGGCAACAUGGGUGGCACGGAUACGACAAUGAGCUGAUGGAUAUGAGAGGAGUGUUCUUGGCGUACGGUCCAGACUUUAAAGUGAAUUUCAGGUCGGCUCCAAUUCGAUCAACAGACGUUUACAACAUAAUGUGCAAUGUGCUGGGGAUAGAGCCGCUGCCUAAUAAUGGAUCCUGGUCCAGAGUGCAGUUUAUGCUGAGGAGCAGCUCUGGCUUUCCAACAACUUUACAUCUGAUAAACCUUUGGCUGUCUGUCCUUCCACUGUCUCUGAUCUUAUUUUAGCACAUUCAUAUCCCCAACAUUAUACACAGUACUUGACUCCUUCAUAAACUCUCCAGUUCAAUAGUAAAUCUGCCUUUGAUGAUGUUGCAAAUUAAUGUAAUUAUCAUCCAAUAUAACAAUAAUGCACUUUGUUUUAGGGGUGAUGGGGCAGGACACCAGUAUCUUCUUUUCUAAGGGUUUAUGUAAAGGCUUUGUUCACCUUUAAAUUAAAUUUUAGUAUGAUCUAGGGAGUGAUAUUCCGAGACAAUUUUCAA